AUGCUUCAAUCAGUAAAAAGCCACCGCGACCGUUCGCGGUCUAUAUGCAAUAAUAAGACUAUCACCCAAGCGACAACUACAAAUACAACAAGUACCAAUCAAAGGCAAAACGCACCAGAAAAGAUGGCUGUUCGUUUUACUCUUUUAUUGUCACGGCAAGGGAAAGUCCGUUUAUCCAGGUGGUAUCAAGCCAGCAGUCAAAAAGAGAAAGGAAAAAUCACCAACGAACUCACCACAAUCAUCUUGGCUCGGAGAGCGAAAAUGUGCAAUAUCUUGGAGUAUAAAGAUAUGAAAAUCGUGUACCGCCGAUAUGCAUCAUUGUUCUUUGUGAUGGGUAUUGACUCGCUGGAUAAUGGUUUAGCAACCCUUGAAAUAAUUCACCGUUAUGUCGAACAAAUGGACAAAUUGUACGGCAAUGUUUGUGAGUUGGAUAUUAUCUUUGGCUUUUCGAAAGCUUACAAUAUAUUGGAUGAGCUACUUUUGGAUGGUUAUAUGAUGGAGUCUUCGAAGAAGGAAGUAGUGAGGAAAGUUAGCCAGCAGGACGAAUUGGAGAAUAUGGAUGAAUUUGAAAACAUCUUAGCAUAA